AGCUUUUUUUUUUUUUUGAAUAAAUUACAAGUUAAACUUGGCUAGCAAUUCUUGUAUAGUGUUUGAUAUUAUUAUAAUUAAAAGCUCAUGUCAUUGUCAUUCUUUUUCACCUUGUCUUUUGCUUUCUUUUCCAUUCUUUCUCACCACCAGAAAUGCUCUUUGCCUCCCUAUACACUCUCAUGUUGUCACUAUACUUGCGGAUUUCUCUCAUCUUGUCCUUCAACUAUUUAUAACUACCUAGGGUUCUAAUAUUCAUAAAUCUCUCUCUCUCUCUCUCUCUCUCUCUCUCUCUCUCUCCCCUAGAGUAGAUCUUGGAAAGAUCUAGCAUAGCUAAGGGUGGAAAAGGUAAUGAUCGAAAUUUACAUAAGUUGUUCGAUUAAACCUAGUUUCAAGCCAGCUUAGAUUAUGGCCUCAAGCUACUCAAAUUCUCCAUGUGCUGCUUGCAAGUUUCUAAGAAGAAAAUGCAACCAAGAUUGCAUUUUUGCACCUUAUUUCCCACCAGAAGAGCCUCAUAAGUUUGCAAAUGUUCACAAAAUAUUUGGUGCAAGUAAUGUUAGCAAAAUUCUAAAUGAAGUUUUACCCCAUCAAAGAGAAGAUACGGUGAAUUCUCUAGCUUAUGAAGCUGAAGCAAGGAUUAAAGAUCCAGUGUAUGGUUGUGUUGGAGCUAUAUCUGUGCUUCAAAGACAACUCCUUAAGCUUCAAAAGGAACUCGAUGCUACAAAUGCCGAUUUGAUUCGUUUAAAUCAUCAAGGUUCUUCUUCUCUUGGUCUUGGACAUGUUCAUUCUGAUGGUUUUUUUAAUUGUCCAUCUAAUUUGAGCAAUGAUUCUUGUGGGGAUUCCUAGAGCAAAGGUGAUAUGAUAUAUAACAUUUUUUUUUUAUGUUUCAAAGAGUCUAGAGGCGAAACUCAGACACAUUUUAAAUGUAGUGAAUAUGGACGUUGCAGGUUUGAAUUCGUACUAGGUCCGACAUAUGUCCUUUACCAUCCGAGUUGCGCUAACAGGACAUAUGCAUCAAUAUUAGUCUCCUAUUAAUGAAAUUCAAGUUUACCAAAUUUAGGGUUUCCUUGUAAAGUAUUGAAUAUUUUGUGUAAUAUACAAGGAGUCAACUAUUUGUAUAUACUAUAUAAUAUAUUUGUAAAUGUAAUAUGUUGUUGUGAUGAUUUCUGAA